GUCGGGGCAGCCUUGGGGGGCGGAGGUGGGGCCUCCGGGCAAGGGACUGACCCCAAGUCCUGGGUCCUUUGCUUACACCAGCCCCUGGCACAUGGCAGGCUUGCGCCGCACAUGCCCCUGUGCGUAUGUUGUGAAUGUAUCAGGUUUUCAAGGGGAAUGACAAGGUGAGGGGGACGCAGUGGGGGGGCCGCUAACUGCCUGUGUCAAGCAGCGGGAAGAGUAUAUUCAGAGACUCUGGGUCCUCAUAGUCCCAGAUCUUCAAAUCAGACCAGAUCUUUACGAGGGGUGCAGAGAGGGCCCCUGUCUUAGGUCGUGCAGAGAGGGCCCCUGUCUUAGGUCGGGGUCCCCAAAAGCAGACCCUGAAUGCAGUGUCUGGCUUGAGGCGAAGCAGGGGAGCUGGGCUUUCUGGUCAUUGGCCGGGGGCUGCUCCGGCUUCGGGGGACGGCGACUGAACCUCCCAGCUACACUGGCUCCCCGAACCCGCAGGCCAAGUGGCCCCGGGAACCGGACAGGCUGCCCUGCAAGAGCAGAGCCCUGAUCCGAGGCCCAGGGACAGCGAGGGCCCCCAGUGGGGUGCCCCCUCUCCAAACAGCAGGUCUCCUAACUGACAUUCUAGCAUUCGUUCAACAAGCAACCAAGAGCCUGUGGGAGCUGGGAGUCCUCUAGCUGCUGGGGCUGCCAACAUCAGGGGGAAAAAAGCCCCAAGUACCAGGCGAUUCCCUUUGAUGUGAGAGCUUCCAGGCAGGGGAACAGCUCGCGGGAAGGCUUGAGCAUGUGUGUGCCUGCCCAGCCUGUUUCCGGGCACAGUCAGGAGGCCGGCGUGGCUGGAACCAAGGGAGGGAGGAAAGAAUGAGGUCAGAAGGGCAGCAGGGACCCGGUAGCAAAGGGUUAGGAGGGCAUGUGGGGACUUUGGCCUGUUCUGAGUGCGCUGGGGCCGCUGGAGGGCUUGGCGGUCUGACCUACACUCUGAAAGGACCCUGUUGGCUCGGGCGGGCGGGGAGAGUGGGGUGCUGCUGGCCACAUUGAACAGAACACCACGCACCCGUUCUCGGUCCCAGGGAGGGACAUCCGAGUCCUGCCCACUGCAUCCUGGAGGUCGGGACACCGAGGGCAGCAGGGCAGGCGCGCCCUGGACGGACCACGCUCUACUCGAAAGGAGAAGACCAGCCUCGGUGGGACAGGGUGGGGGGGGUGUCAGUCCCCCCUGGCCAGCAGCAACCCCCGCGCCCUUACUCUCACCCCUCCCCGAGGACAGGCGCAGCAGUGGUGUGGGCCGGGGGCCACAUGACACGCAUGCUUGAGCAGAACAAAAGAGCAAACCUUGGACUUGAAACAGUAAGAUAUUCCCACACGGGUGACAAGGUCAGCUCCGCCUGCGUGGGCUCUGCAUCUCUGGGUAAGGAAGUGUUCCAGCCUCAAGGCCCCAUUGUCACCCGGCGAGUGGGAUGCAGCCAGCUUGCAAGAGGCGGCCUUUCCCAACAGGGCAGCCCUUGGGUGUGUUUUGGAGGCAGAGCGGCAGGAUUCACUCGUGGCCGGGGUGUAAGAAGGAGAAGGCCUGGGGCCCGAGCACCUCAGAGCUCCAGCUGCCCCCGGCUGGGGGCGGGCGGCAGGAAGGCCGGGUCCAGGGAAGGGCCAGACGGGAAUGGAGCUUCCAACCGACCGUCUCAACAGCGAGCUCUUCCAAAAAGGCCAGCUCUUGUAGACUCUUUUUUUUAAAUAUUUCUUUAUUCAUGAGAGACACGGGCAGAGGGAGAAGCAGGCUCCCUGUGGGAAGCCCGACGCGGGACUCAACCACUGAGCACCCCGGCGUCCCUGUAGACUCUUGCCAGCACUCCGCAUUUUAGUCUGUAGCGUCUGCCGCUCUGGACUCUCGACCGCAGGCUGCCAACUCCUCUUGCCUCGGGUCUCCUGCUGGUGAGGGCUGAAGCCACCUGUCCGGUUCCCAACUCUUGUGUUUCUUGUUUUCACAAAGCUGAGCUUUCCAGAUGAAGGAGCUGGAGAUAAGCCCUGGUCCCGGGAGAGGUCACUGUCCUGUCCUGUUGGCCGGAACUGGACCAGAGCCAGCCGUCCCCGCAGGGGCCCCCGCCUUAGGCUCAUCCUGCCUCAAGUCUCCAGAACAGCCUGGAAAUUCCAGCUCUCCCCGCCUCCCCCUCCAAAACGGCCCUAGAGCCAGAAAGCUUUGGUCAAAUCUCCACUGCCCCCCGUGACCGGCUGUACGAGACACAGGACAGCCCCUUCCCUCACCAUGACUCGGUUUCCUCAUCUGAGAAGUGGGGAUUGUCCCAGUGCCUGGCCCCGGGACGAGUGAGAUCUGAAAAUGUGUGACAUCAGCGUUUCUCGUUGUGCUGUGACCGUUAAUCAUUGAGAGAGGGAGGGGGUGACGAGCGUAGGGGAGGAGAGAGCUUUCCUCCGUCCUCCGAGGGUCCCUGGCUGGGUCUGAAAGUUAAACUGACAAACACGAACAGGAGAAAAGCAUGUGCGUUUUCUCGAACUUUCCCACGUACAUGAGAACCUUCACAACAGAAGGACGUUUUCAUGCCUUUCACACAACGAGACGAUGAACACGCGAAGAAUUGAGAGGUGGGGCCCGGGCUGGGGUAGUGAAGGUGACGCAGCAGGAAGACCAGGGUUAGUCUAGCGAGGUUGGUUUAGGCAGAUCUCUCGGAGAGGAAGCCCCGUCUCUGGUGAUAAGGAUGUCCUCUCUCCCAGGCACACGGAGAAUACCUUUCACGUAGGGAUUUAGGGCUUGUUUUAGGGAGGUUCAGGGGACGGGGGCAGAGUGACUUUCUUGCUUCAGGCAUUUUUUUUCCCCAAAAGCUUAGGGUAAGAUGUUCAACACGCCACAGUGCCAGGCCUUGGGGGUAGCAUGUCCUGAGCCCAUCAGUCUGUCUGACCAUCCACUCAUUUAUUCAUUCAUGAUCAAUUCCGUAAUAAUUUAUCGAGUGCUUUCUACAAGUUUUGAAAAAAUUAUAAAACAGAGGUUUUCCUCACUGGCAAUAGCAGAGCCCUGAGGGUCCAGUUCUCCGGGUAGUUGAGGGCUCACGUUCAUACCUAUUAAUGUAGAGACUGUUGACAGAGUCAACAGGUUAUUAUAAAACAUUACCAUGUCAAUGAUCCUUUUUUUUUUUAAGAUUUUACUUAUUCAUGAGACACACAGAGAGAGGCAGAGACACAGGCAGAGGGAGAAGCAGGCUCCAUGCGGGGAGCCCGACGUGGGACUCGAUCCCAGGACCCUGGGGUCAUGCCCUGAGCCCAAGGCAGAUGCUCCACCCAGGUGCCCCCAUAUCAAAAAUCUACACUCAGAUUCACAAACUUGAACUCAAGGGGAGCUUCAAGCUCCCACAGCCCAGAAGUUUGAAAGUUUUAAUUUCAAAACCUUGAUUAAAAAAGAAAUCUUGGCCAAGGAAUAAGACAGAGCAGGUCUGGCAGAGCACACCAGCACCACCACCGCUGCCGCCACUCUGAGGUAGGGCACAACUGUUCUACAUCCACCUUGUUUCAUAGCUCAGGACACAGGCCCACAAACAGGAGACUUGGCCGAGGGGUACAUGGAGACUUCUUGAUUUUAGGGCCGGAAUGUGCCAAUGUGGAGAUUAGGAAGCCAAGUAGAAUUUAAAAGGAAAUAAAUAGAACUUCCACAAAUAAAUAGGAAAAAAAAAAAAAGGAUUGUUGACAUGGUAAUGUUCUAUAAUAACCCGUUGACUCUAUUAUUUCCAGAAAUAAUAGAACAGUUAGAGACUCAAUGGAUGGGUUAAUUCAAAGAAUAGAAACACCAGAAGAAUAGUAGCCUUGAAGAUAUAUUCAAAGAAAUUGCUCAGAAUAUACCAAAAAGCACAAAUAAGAGAGGUUAGUAAAGAAACAAAGGAUAGCAGGACAAGAUCCAACAUAACUCUCUUGGAGUUCGGAAGGAGCCCCUGGGAGAGAGGCAAUAGUCAAAGGAAUAAUGGCAGAGAAUUUUCCGGAACAGACAAGACACCAAAUGCAGAUUUGGGAAGCCAAACCAUCCCCGCACGUAAGAAAUCCACAUCGGUAGUCAUCCUGGUGGCCCUUUGUUCAGAGUUGCUUAAUCUUGGACACCUGGAAGCAAUCUGGCACUGCUUUAUAACAAACAUAGAAUGAGUGGUUCAGGACACCAAACAUGAACAUUAAGAUCCCGAGAGCGGAGGCGGCUGACUGGCUACUUUUGAUCUCAAGGUCAUGAGUUUAAGCCUCGUGUCGGACUGUAGAGAUUACUUAAAAAAAAUUUUUUUUAAUUUAAAAAUUAAAUUUAAAAAAUCCCAAAAGCAACCGGGUAGAAAAGAUGUUGUCCUAAAAGAAAUGACAAUUACAUGGGCAACCGAUGUCUCAACAGCAACAAAAGGAGUCAGAAGACAGGGGACUGGUAUCUUCAGAGUGGUGCGAAAGCAGCUGUGUGCUAGGAGUUAUCUUUCAGGAAUGAGGAAAAUAAAGGCCUAUUCAGAGAAAUGACAACAGAGUUUGUCACCAACAGAUCUUUGAUACAGAAACAUCUGAAGAAUCUUCCGAAGGCAUUUUUCCACAAGGAAGGGCUGACAUACACAAAGGAAACAGUAAACACGAUUUAAUGAUCAAAACAGUCCUGGUACACGGCGGGAGGAGCUGGCCAGGCACAAAGUGUGAUAAAGUCCUUUUCUGUCUGCAAGGAGGGUAAACACUGGAUUAACUUCAGAUUCUGCCAAAUUAGUGUCUCAGAGAACCACUGAAAGAAUAGAGGUGGAAUGUGCAACUUCCAGGACAGUGUUGGGCCUGUGGGGGAGAGAGAGCCUUGAUCAACUCCCCUGUUGUGGUGGCGGUUGUUUGAUCAAUUCUUAAAAAGUCGAGAAAGGAGAAAAAAAGAAACAUGAAGUUGGACCAUUAGCAAACACAAAAAUAAGAUGGUUUUUGUAUAUACACGUCACGAUCAUACCUUUGCAAAUGACUUCCUAGAAACUCCCAGCCCUGCUUGUGUUUAUAAAAGACACACCUAAGAUACACAGACACAGGAGGGCUGCCCGUGCAAGAAUGAAAGAACAUCAGGCAGGCGGGGGUGCCAGACCGGCUAAGUUAGUGGAUCACGCCGCGCUUGAUCUCCGUGACCUGAGUUCGAGCCCCGCGUUGGGUGUGGCGUUUACCUAAAAAUAAAUCUUUUUUAAAAAAAAGAAGUCCGAACAGGCAAAUGAUGACCCAAGAGAGCUGGUGUAGCCGCAUUAGUAAGAAUCAGGCCAACUCGCCUUCAAGGCAUCAAGUAUUACUUGAGAUAAAAGAGCACCAAGAUCCGAGGAACGGAAGGGGCGGGCGGUAGACGAGAUCUGGGAGACGUUAGACCCACAGACUCGGGCAGGAGGUAACAGUUGCUCCUCCUUCCAGAACUGCUUCUCUUUUAGGAGGCUCUUCGGCAGUUACUUGGUAAAGGCUCGCCUCAAACCGGUGAGAUGGCAGAGGAGGCGAUACCACCCCCGCGGCUGCAGAUGAGAAGCUGAGUGAGGGUCCUAGGAGUUAGGGACCGGCCUUAGGGCACAAGCAGCAGAACGAUGGCCUUACGGGUCCUCUGACCCGGGGCCAAGUGCCCUUUCCUGUCUCGGUUGGAACCGGGAAAGCGACGGAUCUGGACAGAGGGUAGAAAGGCAGGCUCCAUGGGAGCAGCAUGGCAAAGGCCUGGCAGGACCCAUCCCAUCAAACCGGCCGGACCGCGGGCCACGUGGACCACGGACGCCAUGGCCUUGGCCUCGCCCUGGAGCCCGCGGAGCUGAGACGCUAUGGCAGCCGCAAGGACCGUGUGCUGCUCGGUCCCACGACGCCCCCCGGGUGGUCAGAACAGCGGCGAUGGCCGAAGAGCCUAGACGCCGGCCCGGGCAGGGGACCCGGCCGGGGGGCGCCCACGUGCGGGGCGCAGAGGUUCCCCUCGCCCUCCCCGGGGGCGGUGCUGCGCCAGGGAGCCCGGCCGGGUGCAGAGCAACCUGGCUGCGCCCAGCCUCGUCCUGACAGACGCGGACCGGCUCAUGAACUCGAGCCUGCAGCAGCAGAGCAACCUGCCGCCCCCCGCCAGGCCCCAGGGGAGAGCCCGAGACCCUGCCGUCCAGCAGAGCAACCUGAGCGCCAGGGGCGCCGGCCUGGCUGGGGGAAGGCGCUGCAGCCCCCGCCCCCCGCCAGAGCUUCAGGAGAGCGUCGGGCCCCGGGGGGCAGCUCAGGGGAGCCCUCGGCCUCCAGGCUCGCUGGCCUGCCCGUCCUCCACCCUGAGGUCACCCCGGCUGCUGGCCACGGACACCCCCUGCCCAGAUGUCCCGCCUGCGGCAGGCUCGGCCCCUUUCAAUGGGUGCGCACAGCCGGACUCCGGGCCCUGGGGUGGCCUGCGGAGUGGGCCCUCUCGGCUCAUGGGGGAGCCGCUCACCCUGGAGGACCUGACCGUCCCUGUCCACGGCCGGGCUCAGGCCCCGUCCCACACCGCCGUGCACCAGCUGCUGGCCUCCGUGCGACACCUGGAGCGAGCGGUAGCUCGUCUCGGGUGCCGACCAUCCCAGGAAGCCCCGGGCCCUGCUCAGCGGGCCCCCUGGAGCAGCUCGGGCCAGGCUCUCGCCGCCCCCCCACAGCCCGGCCGACCUGGUCUUGCUCCCUGCGGUGGGAGGAAGGAGCACCCGGGCCGCCUCGGGGGAAGCGCAGAUUGCCCAGAGACUCGAGGGAGCCAGGCUGGCCCCGCAGGCUCUCAGGCAAGCAGGCGGCCUGCGUCGUCGCUGGAGGCCACGCUGGGGACCCUGGCUGGGGAUUGCCUUGCCCCUAAGGACAGCGUCCCUCCGGCCACCCCCCAGAGGCAAGAAGAGAGCUCCCCGGGGCCUCCACGUGGCAGCUGGCAGAGGGGAGACCCCCAGCUCCCUCCAGGGGCGGGCAGCAGGGAGGCCAGACGCUGCUCGUGGGCCCGGUCCAGUGCUGCCCGGGGCGUCCCACCUGGGCGGGGAGGCGGGGAGGUGGCCCCUCAAGAGCAGAGCAGCAGGGAGGAGGAGAGGACGGCUUCCUGGCCCCCAGAUGCAGCCCCAGCAGGGAGCAGCCUACAGGAAAAAGCCCGAAACAUCGCGGGCCUGGAGUCCGAGACAGCCGGCCGGCCGUGGCUGUCCCCAUGUUUCAGAGCCUGGUGGCGCUGGGUGCAGAGGCGGCGGGCAGCGGCUGCCUUGGUGGCCAGGGGCCGGCGGCAGCUGUUGCACAGAGGCCUGUGGGCGCUUCGGGGGGCCCUGCGGCUCCGGGAAGCCCAGCUGGAGGCGGCGUGGGGGCGACACACUUGGGCCCUGCUGGCCCAGAGCUUCCGAAAGUGGAGAAACCGGACUCUGCAGCAGAAGCAGGGGCAGCCCCCAGUCCGGGCUGGGCCGGGACCCCCACGCCCUGGGCCAGGAGGAGGCCAAGACCCCUCAGGAAGGGGGCCCGAGGUGGACCCCGCCAGGAGCAGCAGCCCGGCCCGCGGCGGCAUCGGUUUCUCUCCGGGCAACUUCCCUCGCGGUCCAGGGAGUCAGAGGGAGGAGGCGGCAGCCUGGCCGGGACCAGAUGGAGGCGAUGGGGGAGCGCAGAUGCUGCAGGCCUUAGGACACCUGGCCGUCUUCCUCCUGUGGUGCCACCAGAAGAAAUGGGACAGGCAGGACAGGGGGGCCCAGAGAGAGAACCCCCGGGUCCCACCGAGGACGCAGGGGAUGGGGAGACCCCCCGAAGCCUGGCGCUCUCAUGCUGUAGACGCACCCAGGACGGCCUCGCCGGACACUCAGCCACGGAGAGCCUGGCUCGGCAGGUGCUUUGGGGCCUGGCACCGGUUCACGCAACGAGGGGCCGGGUUCCGGGAGCGGCUGGCCCACCGCCGGGCACACACCCUCAGGCUGUGUCUGCAGCAGUGGCUACGGAUGAGGCGGCUCCGGGCCUCCGAUGGAGCCAAGGUGACCCAGCUGUCCCUCUGCCGGCAGAAGGCAGGGAGCGCGACUCUCUGUGGUGCAGCCCCUGGGGUGGCCCCAGCCCGUGGCCUGGGAGUGGUGGCUCAGGUCCAGGCGCCGGCCCAGGAGCAGGGCCGGGGCUCCCUGCAGGAAGCCUGCCGGAGACUGGCCCUCCAGCGGGCGCUGCUGCUCUGGAGGAUGCGGCUGUCCCAGCGCCAGAGGCCUGAGACACAGCUGGGGCUGCCCUGCGACCUCAACGACGUACUUGGGUCCCACGUCUUCCGCUGUUUGCCGUUUGGGGAACUGACCUCCCGCAGGCCUGUUUCCCCAUCUUUACACCCGAGCAGAGGCAGAGCACCGACGUGGCUUCCCCCUGAGUCUGGGGUCCUCGGGCCUGGGGCCCAGCUCCACCUCCCCUCGGGAGCCUGGCUCCGAUCGGCCAGCAUCUCCGACCGGGCCUUGCGGCAGCUUCAACACAUCCUGAGCGGGGGGCACCUGACGGCGCGGGGUCUGAGCGCCUCGGCCCCGGAGCUCCUGGGCAGCCUCCCGGGAGGGGAGCCCUGGCUGGGCAGCCGCCCACUUCGAAGCUCGCCGCAGCAGGUCUUCAGGGCGCCCGCCCCCUUGGAGAUGCUCGGGCUGAGCUUUCGGUGGGCAUCUGGGCAGCGGCGGAAGGGGCGGUGCCUUCGGCUCUGGCAGGUGCGGGCCCGGCAGUCCCGGGGUGCGGCCAGGUGGUGCCUGCGCGCUCUCCAGAGGCGCGUCCUGCUCGGCUGGAGCCGCUGGGCCUCAGCCCAAGGGGCCCAGAGAGAGCUGGCCGUCGGCUGGGCCCGGGGCCGGUGCGGCCGGGCUGCGCUGUGCUGGUGGCGGCAGCGGCUGGCGCAGCGGCUGGAGGUGGAGCAGCGGGUCCGGGCUCGGGGUCGCGCGCUGGCUCGAGGCGCCCUGCAGCGCUGGCGCACCUGCUGGCAGAGGCAGCAGUUCCUGCAUGGAAAGUACCAGAGGUGGGUGCAGGUCCACCGCCAGAGCUUGAGGAGGUCGAUGUUCCAGCGCUGGCGGCGGGCAGCAGCUCGUCGGAGACGCCCAGGGGCCCCGCCGGAGCAGCUUCUACUGCACAGCCACUCCCCGGCCUGGUGUGCAGUCAUGAGAGACACAGGGGCACUCCCAACCACAGGAGCCUUUCGGGGUGGCCCGGGAGAGGCCCGCGGGGCGGCGUGGGCCGUGUGGCAGGGUGCCCGAGCAGCCGAAGCCUGGGCACGGGAGCGGCGUGUGGCCCGGGCCUCCGUGGGCCGCUGGAGGAAGCGCGUGCAGGAGCGCUGGGCAGACAGACAGCUCUGGAGGGCCCAGGCCCAGCAGGCCUUUGCGGCGUGGCGCACGGCUCUGGGCCAGCGCUGCAGGGUCCGCCAGCUGGCAGAAGAGAGAGCCACCCUGUGCCAGGCACCGCACACACGGGAGUCCCGCCUGCACCGGGGCAGCCGAGCCCAGGCCGCCCGGAAGCUGAGCGCCAGGGGCCUGGGGGCCUGGGCCCAGGCGGCAGUGAAGGGCCGUAUCCAGCGAGCCGCCGUCACCCAGUUCCCCCAGGCUGGGUCCAGAGGCCUCCUGUGGACCCACAGGGCCCUGCACUUGGAGCCGCAGGCAGAGACCCAGGAGGCCCUUGCGGGGGACCCAGGGGUAGCCAACGAGGGGUGCCUCCCAGCGCUGCCGGACACUCCAGCCCCGCGGAAGCAGACCCCCCGCCUCGGCACGCGGUGCGGCCCCGCCCGGAGCAUCGGCGGACGGGAGCGGACACCGGCGACCCGCGCGCGGAGUAAGGAGACCGACCCCGGCCCCGGCCCCGGCCCGCCGUCCUCUGCACUGGGCUCUGUCACCCUCUCUCCAGGCGGCGGCGACCAGCCCCCGGCCCGCCGGGCCCUCCGCGGAGGGCGGCCCGCAGGACCCCCAGCGGCCUCGGGCUCCCAGGUCCUGGGCGACGCCGCGGGGAGGCGGCUGGGCUGAGGCGGUGGCACCUGAAGUGGGCCUGGCGUGUGUGGCGGCGGCGGGUCCUGCAGCUGCGGGUGGCUCAGCGAUUACAGCAACAAGAAGGUGGCUGGGUCCUUUCCCAGGCCUUUGAGAAGUGGUGCCAGCACCUGGCAGCCAGGGGCCAGAAGAGAGGGGCCACCAGCAGCCUGAUAACCGCAGGCCUCAGGAGCCCUGGGAGCAGCUGCAAGAUGCCCGAGCCCAUGUGUGCGGUGGACUUGGGGCGGAGCAGGGGACCCAGCUGCAGCUGUGACUUGUUCUCAUGGAAAGAAAAACAACACUGAGCCCAGCCUCCCGAAGGAGGAAACCAUGCCCCACCCGUCUGGGGAGUGCAGGCUCAGGCCACCAGGCACUCAUCGCACAGCCUGGUGACAGGGGACUGCUCUCUGAGCUCUGAAGGACAAUAAAACACCCUCCUUACUCCUA